UGACAGCAAAUAUUUUGCUGGUUAUGUAUAAUUUAUGAAUUUUAGAAAGUAAGCAAGAUUGUAUUUCGAAAAUAAAAUCUAAAUCAUAAGCAAUGUCUUUGAGAAGCUUCUUCAAAGGUGGUUUUGCAAUUGCUAAAAAUAUUUCAAGUGUUACGAAUUUCAGACUACGUGCUUUGAAUGAAUCAACCAAUUUAUAUUUUUCAACUGAAGAAAAACUAUCUCCAAAACCGUGUGAGAAAUUGGUCAAUAUUACUUUUGUGAAAGCAAAUGGUGAAAAAAUUAAAGUUAAAGGCAAAAUCGGCGAUUCACUCUUGGAUGUUGUAGUCAAUAAUAGUGUAGAUUUAGAUGGUUUUGGGGCAUGUGAAGGAACACUUACAUGCUCAACUUGUCAUCUCAUCUUCAAAGAGAAAGACUACAAUGAAUUACCUGAAAAACCAUCGGAUGAAGAAUUGGACAUGUUAGAUUUAGCCUAUGACUUAACAGAGACUUCACGAUUAGGUUGCCAGAUAUUUCUAAGUGAAAAACAUGAAGGUUUAGAAGUGAUGGUGCCUGCAACAAUCAAUGACGCAAGAGAAUGAUGAUGAAUUUUUUUAUAUAUUUAUAAAUAUUUCGUUGUCUUUGCUUUAGUGAUUUUUUGAGAAUAUUACUUAUUCUAUCAGAAUAUAAAACGCUUUCUUCUGUAGAAAGUUUCCAUUUGGAAAACAAGGUCAGUGACUUAUUUAUAACUUCAAUCGCUGUGAUGCUUAACAGACAUCUCUUCAGUUCAAGUUCAAGAAAUUAAUUAUUGUACUCUUCCUAUGUUCAUAUCACGUAGGAGUAUUACCUCCAGUCCAUUAAACCUUCUCAAAGUGAUAUUUUACCAUAUGUUGAAUAUAUGACAAAUAUACAUUUUCAUUAAA